CAACAUAAAUAUCGCGCAACACCCCCUAUAAAAUCCCCUUUUCCCAAAUCACUCCCUCUCUCGUACUCUCCCCACCCCCCAAAUCCAUGGCCUCCUCCUACUCCUCCUCCGGCGAGGGGGAGUCGCGAGUUCGACGUUGUCAUCCUCGGCGCCUCGGGGUUCACGGGGAGGUACGUGGUGCGCGAAGCCCUAAAAGCGCUCUCGGCCCCCUCCUCGCCGCUCCGCUCCCUCGCCCUCGCGGGGCGCUCCCCCUCCAAGCUCGCCGCCGCGCUCCGGUGGGCCUCGUCCUCGUCCCCUUCCCCUCCCCCCUCGAUCCCCCUCGUCCCCGCCGACGCCUCUGACCCCGCCUCGCUCCUCGCCCUCGCCCGCCGCGCCCGCCUCGUCCUCUCCUGCGUCGGCCCCUUCCGCCUCUACGGCGCCCCCGUCGCCGCCGCCUGCGCCGCGGCCGGCGCCGACUACCUCGACAUCUCCGGCGAGCCCGAGUUCAUGGAGCGCCUCGAGGCCGACCUCCACCCCCAAGCCCUAGAAUCCGGCUCCCUCCUCGUCUCCGCCUGCGGCUUCGACUCCGUCCCCGCCGAAUUCGGCCUCCUCUUCCAUUCCCAUCAUUGGACCGCCCGUGGCGCGGUUCCGAAUCGCGCUGAGGCCUACGUGAGCUUGGAAUCGGAGCGCCGGAUCGUCGGGAAUUUGGGUACCUACGAGUCGGCGGUGCUCGGCGUCGCCAAUGUGGAGAAGCUCCAGGAGCUGAGGAGAUCCAGGCCUAGAAAACCUAGGCCAUUCCUGGCCCCCCGCCUCCGAAAGGACCUUUGAUCGAGCAUCAAAAAACCAUCGGAUUAUGGGCGAUAAAGCUGCCAUCUGCAGACUCCGUAGUGGUCCGCAGAACCCUUGCGACUUUGACAGAGAAUCCUCAAGGCCUUCCCGGAGUCAACGAAUCGGAAGAUUUCGCGGAGAAACGAAAGCAGUUCUGGUCGUCGGUGAAGCCCGCUCACUUUGGUGUAAAGAUCGGUUCGAAAUCUAUUCUCGGCAUGCUGCGGUUCAUCUUCACCGGAUUAUUCAUCGGGCUUCUCGGAAAGUACUCUUUUGGGAGAAAAAUCCUCUUAAAAUUCCCAGAAAUUUUCUCUCUCGGCUGGUUUAGGAAAACAGGGCCGACCGAAGAAGAGGUGAGAAGCGCGACUUUCAAAAUGUGGUUUAUCGGUAAAGGGUAUAGCAAUCAAAGUGUUGCAUCACAACCCGGCAGUAAACUGGAUACAGAGAUUAUUACUAGAGUGUCGGGGCCGGAGAUUGGGUACUUGACGACUCCGAUAAUACUCAUUCAGUGCGCUUUGAUUGUGCUGGGCCAAAGAGAGAAUUUGCCGAAGGGGGGAGUGUAUACGCCUGGGAUCGUCUUCGGCCCCACCGAUUUACAGCAGAGGUUGCAGGAAAAUGGAAUCACUUUCGAUGUCAUUUCGACCAAGACUGACCAGAAUUAGCUGCUUUUCAUCAGGUUUCAGCUCAACUCUUUUAUACUUUGUUGUAAUAAGACUCUCUCUCUCUCUCUCUAUAUAUAUAUCUAUAAGUUUCUACUUGUUUGGUGAAACCUUUUAAUGUUAAUAACUAAGAAGAAUAGUUGUCAAAAUAAUUUCUGUGUUAUCAUUAAAUAGUUUGUGCAAUUCUCAUAGGUUGUUUAA